AUGAACGCAGAUACGUGCGUCUCAUACUGCGAUAUGACAUCGAUGGAUUCAUAUUAUAGCACAUCUACUGCGCAAGGUAGGGAUCACCAGGCGAACCCGUUCAGGACAUUCCCGACGAGUGAAACCAAAUACAGCCCCACGUUCAUUCCCGGUAAAGGACAAGCUUACGGGGAGAAGUCCCGGAGUCCUUUCCAGCAGGAGUGCCAGUCAUUGGAUGGAGCUGAAGAGGGCACCUUCAACAAAUACCACCUCUUCAUGCAGCGACCGACUUGUAAAACUCCCCCCGAAGGCAACAAACUGCACCCAGACAGCGGACACAACGGGACGCUCAUUCCUUGCUAUGGUGUGGUUUCAGAACCGCCGGCCAAGUGGAGGAAGAGAGAACGUUUUGGCCAGAUGCAGCAGGUCAGAACACACUUCUCUACUGCCUACGAGCUGCCCCUCCUUACCCGGCCAGAGAACUAUGCACAGAUUCAGAACCCUUCGUGGAUUGGAAGCAGCAGUGGAGCGUCACCAGUGCCCGGCUGUGUAGUACCUUGUGACUCCGUCCCUUCUUGCAUGCCGCCUCACCCCCAUGGUCCUGGUGGGGUCUCUGAUUUCCUGGGCGUGCCAAGCCCAGGCAGCAGCCACAUGGGACAGACACAUAUGGGCAGCCUUUUUGGGGGUCCUGGGAUGGGCGGGGGUAUCAAUGGCUAUGAUCUCAAUGUUGAUCCAGACCGCAAGUCCUCCAGCAUAGCUGCACUGCGUAUGAAGGCCAAAGAACACAGUGCAGCUAUCUCUUGGGCUACAUGA